CUUGACGAGUUUCUGAAGAAGAAGAAAGUCAACGGCAAAGUGCCUAAGAACAAACACAUAGACGAAAACAUCAAACUGUUCAACCGCAUCUCCACCAUUGUGGCUGCAAGCAUCCUGAGUUGGCCUCUGGCGUCGCAGAGAGCAAAGGUCUUCAAUCGGUUCGUUAAGGUGGCAGACGAACAGUACAAACUCAACAAUCACAACGGCACAAUGGCGGUGGUGUCUGCCCUCAACCACUCGGCGGUGCAGCGGAUGAAGAAAACCAUCGAACUGGUCGAGGGUAAGAGGAAAAAG